AUGAAGGGAAGAAUAUUAUUUAUUCAUGGGUAUACACAGAACUCCCAAACAUUCUAUGCAAAGACUUCUGCGUUAAGAAAGAAAUUAAUCAAGUCGGGCUAUGAACCAGUUUAUUUGAAUGGACCUUUACUUUUAACUCCUGCAGAUUUCCCAGGAGAAGAUUUUGGAAAAUUUCAAAGUGGUGAUGAUGAUUUCAGAGCUUGGUGGAUUAAACCUGGUCAAACCAACGCUGGUAUUGAUAUCACUGAAGCCAUAGAUACUGUAAAGAAAUAUGUCGAUGAAGAAAACGCAGAGGGAAAGGAAACCACUAAACAAGAUAUUGUAGGAGUGAUAGGGUUCUCCCAAGGUGCAGCAUUAGGUGGAUUAAUUCAUAAUAAGUUCGAAGAACUAUUCGGCCACACUUUGAAGUUUUCUAUCCUUUAUUCUGGAUUCAAACUCGAUACCUCUAAAAACUCAGGAAAUGAAGAUUUGAAACAAUAUUAUCCCUCAAAACCUAAUGGUAAGAUCUUACAUGUAAUUGGAGAAUUGGAUACAGUUAUAGAUGAAUCCAGAGCUUUAUCAUUGGUAGAUGUUCUUGGAGGUGAUAUUCUUAAACAUCCAGGUGGACAUUUUGUUCCAAAUUCCAAAGUAUAUGUUGAAAAAGUAGUUGCUUGGAUUGCUUCUACUGAAGUUGAACCUAAGGCAGAAGAGAAGGAAGAUAAAGAGGAAGAAGAUAUUUUAGCCAUGAUGGAUAAAUUGGGAGUUUAA